UCAAUUCAAUCUCCAUGCCCUUCGCCCAACUAUACAUCCAUCCAAUUAUUUAUGAUCAGGCGAUGGACGCCAUGGCGGCUUCCACGCUGCCCUAUUAAGUCUACAGCUAGGGCCUCAACGAAACCACUGCACCAAUGGAGCACGUUACGCACGUCUCCAAAGCGAGCCAUCGCCGCGCAGAAGAAGCAAGCCCACCAACCACCAACACUACUUGGAAAACGCAGCCUCUUCACUGAAUCCCUUCCACCUAUUCUUAUCCCACCAGCCAUCUUCGUUGGCCUGUUGGUGGCACUGUGGACAUGGAAAUGUUUCUGGAUCGUCGUGCUCCAAGAUAAACUGCUCUAUCUGUCAUGGCUGCCCCCGCUCUCGCGGUCUGAAAGCAUAGCAGACUAUGCGCGUGAGUUCCGCGGUGUGGAAUGGACGGAGAAGCGUAUUCGAAGCUCAGACGGGACGGCGUUGGCGGUUUGCGAGGGGCGCUUUCCAGCGAGCCUACGGCCUGGUCGGUCUGGUGAGACAGGUCUGCGCGAUGGGUUGAGGAAGAGGGUGGUCAUUUGUUAUUUCCAAGGGAAUGGGGGCUCGACACCGCUGCGGCUGCCGUUGCUUUCUCAGGUUAUGAAGGCAAUCCAGGAGACGUCUGGUUCGGCUGGCGAAGAUACGGAGUUUAUUCUCGUUGCGCUGUCGUAUCGUGGGUAUUGGAAGUCGUCGGGGUGGGCGACGCAGUCUGGGAUUGAGCAGGAUGCCCAGGCUUUUCUAAGUUGGGUUUCGGAAAACUACGUGCAGCCGGACAGAGAUGUCAGUCUUGUUCUUUGGGGACAUAGUUUAGGAGCGGCUGUUGCGAGUUCAGCGGUUGUCAAGACUCUUGCCCGUCCAGCCGAGAAUAAGCAGCCGCCGAUUGCAGGUUUGAUACUUGAGGCGCCGAUAUCGAGCAUCAAAGACAUGUUGAUUAGCCUCUAUCCGCAGAAAUGGCUACCCUACCGCUAUCUAUGGCCAUUUUCAUGGAAUAAUUGGGACGUUUCGUCGAGCUUGGAGCAGAUGGCUCGUUACAAAACCGCAGCUCCCUCAGAGACAGACUCUUCAAAAAGGAUAUCGGUCCCUCCGAUAUUCUUAAUGACUGCUGAAAGCGAUGAGGUAAUUCCAUUAUGGGUAGCAGAUCAGUUAGAGGAGAAAGCGAAAGCAUCAGGGUUGGAUAUUGAGAGAAAGAGCGUGAAAGGAGCAAUGCAUAUUGAGGGUCCGCUGAAACUAGACGGACGAACAGCUUUGGUGGAUUUCAUGAUGAAUUCAUCGGCUGGACAUUGACAAAUACCCUAAUCCAACGAGUAAGGUAUUGAUAUAGUUCCUCAUUCAAGACAAGAGCAUACAUCCUGAUUGAUAUUGUCAAUACCCAAUCAUUUGCUAUCUCAAAGACUUUUUUAUUUGAAUAGUUAAUGUCUCCUAUCACAAAGAACCCCAUAAAGCCCAAAGCUCGUUUUCUACAAUCAAAGUCCAGAUUUCUUUGACUUGUGAACAAGGAAAAUGUGCCAGCUUACGCAGCACUACCUCGGCGACUAGAUCCCUUCUAGACAUCUGCUGACCUAUACUCGGGCCUCUGUAAGUUAUUACCCUAGUUCACUGGUUUACUGUUUAGAAAGGUUAUUCUUGCUUUCAUUUGCUAUGAAUAUUUACAUAUGUGAAGCUCCAACAUAAUAAGCUAGAUUCGCCAACAUUCUAUAUCACAAG